CUAUACAGUAAUAUGAAUAAAAUAAAAGAAUAAAAUCACACAAACAGUAAAACUACUGUAACAAAGCCUGUAUGGAGGGAGGCAAACAUUGUCAUUCAGAGGUCAGUGAAAGUAGGGCCCUGCCCCUGGUCCUGGGGGUAAGAUGGGUCUUGACCCCAGGAAUUGUGUGCUGAGUGAGUGUAGUGAGGGUAUUGAGGGUAGUGAGGGUAGUGAGGGUGCGUGGCAGGCAUCCGCUAGACCAUUUGUCGGAGUAAAUUGGUCAUAUCCUGAAGAAUGGCCGUCUCCACUCAUGCUUCUCUCCGUAUCCGCUCCUCAUGCUCGCGCUGCUCCAACAACCGAAGUCGUUCUCGCUCGUUGAAGGCCUUGUCCAUAUCACUGAACAUGUCCCUCAUCUCUGCAAAAAGCCUUUCCAAACGUGUCUGGUUCCUCCUCCUUUUUUAGGUGGAGAAAGACACAACGACUCUAACAAUAAAAACAAGAACGACAUUAGUUUAACAGAAGUUACAGCUAGCAUUGUUAGCCAUUACUUCUGCUGUGCUCUGUAUCAUGCAAGUGUGACCGGCAGAGUUGCCCUUAAUUAGCCAUGGUUCCCGUUUCUGUAUAUAUAUGGCCGCUCCGUCAGGUACAGCAGUUCGAGUCCCUUAGUUCACUGCUUUCCGGUGUGUAACGCUAUUAAUGCUGAAAAGGUAUGUGCUCCCUGUUUGAUUUUCAAUUGCCAUUAGAUCAUUGCUGUGCUCACGCAUGGGUUUAAAAUUUAAUUGUUUGGUAACAGGUAUUUGUGGUUCUACCAACGCGUCCUGUGGUGUGUGUAUGUGCUUCACUGAAGGUAUUUGCGUUUUAUUCAAUCUGUUGCACCCGUACCUUUGUUAAAAUCCAUGUUGCAAACAAUCGAUCAUGUAUUUUAAAUAUGCGUGUGUGUAACGGCAAUGUUUUAAUUUAGGUCUGUGCUGGAGACGCCGAGUAGGCAGCAGUUUCGCUCACGUUAACCGGAAGGCACGUAGAGGUAAAAUUUAAACUAGGGGCUGCCUCUUCCCGUGUGUGCAGCUCGCGGCAAUCGGGGACAAUGUAUGUUGUGUACUUGGUACUGCUAUGCGAACGCUAAACCAUGACGAAUAUUGUUUUGUUACCUUUUUAGGAAGAUUUGCCACUGCUGCUUUGCCUCCUGUAAUUUUAGUUAGCUUUUGCCGUGCGAGGUGUUUAGACAAGUGGCCUGAGUUGGUGUGUUUGGCCACUUGUUUGUGCGUGAUUUUUAUCGGCAGACGGAUUUUAGGCGUACUGGCUGCCCCAGUGUUUUCUAUUUUAUUGCUUUUUAACUAUUUGUGUUCAACAUUUUUAUUAACUUUGUAUUUAGCCCUUAACCAACUGGUUGGGGCUCUAAUCGUCCCCCCUUUUUUCCCCUUCCCGUUCUAUAGUUAUCGGGGAGUGUAACUGCUGGUCUGCAGGGUGGGUCGCUGGACCUGGGUCCCCUCCUUCAUGCACUGCAUGCAGUGUCGUAGUGGUAAAGUGCACUUCACUAUUUGCUGUGGUCACUAUUUGCUGUGCGUGUGUAUAUGUGUGUGUGUGUGUUAGCAGGCACCAGGAACAAGGGCACGCGUGGUGUGUCCGUCUCUCCCCUUCCCAGAAAAGGUAACCUCCUCGGCGAUCAGCCUACUCAUCCCCACAUUUUUUUAAUAGUUGGUCUCUGGUGGCAGCCAUUACCCUGUCCUCUGGCAGCAUUGUUUGCCCUUAUUACCCUCCCACCUGUUUAAGAGGUUGUAGCAAUAAGGGCAGGUUUAUGUUUUUUUUUCAUUUAUUUGUUCAAUAAACUUUUGUAUUUAACUGAAAUUCCACGUCUCUGUCUUUCUGCUAGCUUACCUGCAUGCGAGAACCCUCUAGUCUCCGUACUAUAUCUUAGGAAUCUAAGUUGUAAGCAUUUCUGGGGGUGAGAGUCCCCAGGUGGCGUAGUCGAGUACCCUAGAGCCAAGACCUUUGUCUGAUCUCCCACCACCUGGUCACAAUUUGGCGCAGUCGGCAGGAUAGUGAACAGAGACGUAUAUUUCAGUCUUUUUAUUUUGUUUGUUUGGACUUUUAUGUUAACAUAUUGUUAAAAGGCAAUAAGCUGUGUAAUAUAUUAGAGACAAAGCAGCAGUUGGCACGUCGGGGGACCUGACGACUCACUGGGGUGACGGCGACAAACUCCUGCUUCCUUCAAGAGUAACUGAACCCUUCUGUUUUAGUCAUGGAGGACGAGCUGCGGGAAUUGAGGGAGCUGGUGCGCCAGCUUCAGGCUGACAAAGAACAUUUGUUGCAGGAACGAGCAUCAGCUCAGGCACCAGCCGCAGUGGCCCCAAUGCCAGGGUCCUCCAGUUAUCAUGCUCCUAGCUCUUCUAACCCGGUCACUUCCUCUGAGCGAUUGCUGUAUCUCCCCAGGGAGAGGAAGUGUCCAGUGUUCAGGGGAAGGGCGGGUAUUGGUAUCGAUGAAUGGAUAGAGAAGGUGCAUGCUAGCAUUAGGGCAGGACAUUUGGGACCGCUUGAUCAAGCCUAUUUCAUUUUUAACCACUUAGAUGGGGAGGCUAAGGAUGAAAUCAGGUAUAGGAGUAGGGCAGAGAGGGAAGAUCCACAGAGGAUUUUAUCUAUUCUGAAGGAACUCUAUGGCUGUUCAAAUUCCUAUGUUGCCCUUAAAGAGAGCUUUUUCUCACGGAAGCAACUAGAUGGAGAGUCAUUGCAAGAAUAUUCUCAUGCCCUUUUCUCUGCAGUGCCUCUUUCUGAUGUUCAGUUUGUAGAACAUGUCCUUGAUCCAGGUCUCCGCAGGGAAUUGAAGCGGUUGGUCCGCCAGACUCCAGGGCUGUCCAUGUUGGAGGUGCGAGCCAUCCGGUGGGAGCAGGAGGGUAGGCCCAGUGACUACGCUAGAGGUAGAAGUUAUUCUGUUCCCUCCCUCUGUGCCGUGCAGUGUUCUAGGGUUCAGCAGAAUAGUCACCCUCCCUCUGUUAAUCCUGCUGCUUCUGAAAUGGCAGAGUUGAGAGCUAUGUUGCUGAAGCAGCAGGAACAGAUCAAUCAGCUGACCACCAGUUUAACCUCCUUACAGGUACCUGCACACUAUCCUAGGCCCGGUCGUCCUAAUUCGGUUAUCUGUAGGCGAUGCCAGAGACGUAGUCAUUAUGCCAGAGAGUGUGACAAUGAACGGGUUGCUCCUGCUCGUAAUCGUGUCCCCUCUCCCCAGGGCCAGACUAACUACCUCUGCUUCUCAGCUGGCGGGAAACUAGCUCCCUCCAAUGUGCAGAGCCACACAUUAGAAGGGGACAUGACGGGCUCCCAUGAUCAGAGGCCGAUAAGCAAUACUGUGUCGUCCAUUGUUGGAUCGUGCCCCAAAGUAGCUGUCAGGGUAGGGGGAGUAGUAGUGAAUUGUUUGUUAGAUACAGGGUCUAUGGUGUCCACUAUGGUGGAGAGUUUCUUUUAGCUGCAUUUCCAGGAUAAUCUCCAGUCUUGCCAUUGGUUGCAGCUUCGUGCUGCAAAUGGUUUGGAAAUACCUUACACUGGCUACAUAGAGUUGACUGUUGAGGUACUUGGUAAGGUAAUUCCUCAACGUGGCUGGUUGGUUGUUAAAGAUAAAGGUCAGUCUUCCCAACCUGAAGUUCCUGGAGUUUUAGGAAUGAAUGUCAUCCGGGAAUGUUACGCUGAGCUAUUUGGUCAGCAUGGCCCUGCCCUAUUUGAUCUCCCACCGGUGGUCCAUACCUCACCUCUGUGGCAGCAAGCUUUGCAGCAUUGCCACCAAGCCCAGCUCCGACCUCAUGGGGGUAGAGCAGGGGUUGCUAGAGUUAGGGGCAGGAGGCCUAUCCAUAUUCCCGGAGGUACUGUCAAGCUGGUAGCUGCAACUUGUUCCCCUCAGUUUUGUGGAGCCCCUGGUGUUGUCCUGGUGGAACCGACUGGCAAUUCCCUACCUGAUGGCCUCCUUGUUUCACCUGCCCUAGUCAGUGUAGAUCGAGGUACAGCCUACAUUCCUGUUGUUAAUGUAGGCUUCACGCGUGUUACGCUCUACCCCCGCAGUCCAAUAGGGUUGUUGGUCCAAGCCAAUAUCGUAAGCCUCCCUACCGGGAUUACGGAGGUUGUUCAGGGCACUGACACUGUUACUGCUACCAUUAAUACCCAAACGGGACAGGUUAGCUCGACGAGGGAGCAGAUUCAGGCCAUUGACCUAUCCGUGCUUGCAGAGUCAGAGCAGGAAAAGGUGAGGUCACUGCUGUUCAAGCAUGAGUCUGUGUUUUCUGCAUUUGAGGGUGACCUUGGUUGUACCAACCUGAUUUCGCAUGACAUUCCCCUGCUUGAUGAUAAGCCCGUUAGGCAGAGGUACAGGCGUAUUCCCCCUUCUGAUUAUGAGGCGGUGAAGGCCCACUUACGUUAGCUGUUGGAUAGCUAGGUUAUUCGGGACAGUAGUAGCCCCUAUGCCUCUCCCAUUGUCCUGGUGAGAAAGAAGGAUGGAAGCCUUCGCAUGUGCGUUGACUAUCGUCAGCUCAAUAGCAAAACUCGGAAGGAUGCUUUUCCCCUCCCUCACAUCGAGGAAUCCUUGGAUGCAUUGUCCGGGGCCCAGUGGUUCUCCACGCUGGAUUUGGCUAGUGGCUACAACCAGGUGCCGGUAACUGAGCGAGACCGCCCAAAGACCGCCUUUUGCACGCCCUUCGAGCUCUUUGAGUUUAAUAGAAUGCCCUUUGGGCUGUGCAAUGCUCCCAGCACUUUUCAGCGGUUGAUGGAGAGGAUGUUUGGGGCCCAGCACGGUCAGUCGCUCUUGCUCUAUCUGGAUGACAUCAUUGUGUUUUCUUCCAAUGUAGAUGAUCAUGUGAGCCGUCUGGACCUGGUGUUGAGCCGCCUUCAGCAGGAAGGCUUGAAGGCAAAACUGGAGAAAUGUUGCUUCUUCAGGAAAGAGGUCCAGUAUUUGGGGCACCUCAUCUCCCGUGAGGGCGUUUCCACGGAUCCAGGCAAGGUAUCUGCUGUUGCAAACUGGCCCCACCCUACCAAUGUCUCAGAAUUGAGGUCCUUUCUGGGUUUUGCUAGUUACUAUAGACGGUUUGUGGAGGGCUUUUCCAAACUAGCAGCCCCGUUGCAUCGUCUGGUAGCUGAGCUGGCGGGGACCAAGACGCGGAAAGGUCGAGGGCCACUGUUGGAAGGCGCCUGGACUGACCCCUGCGAGAGGAGUUUUCAGGAGUUGAAGGCAAGGUUGGUUAGUGCACCCACUCUGGCCUUUGCUAACUUUUGCUAACUUUCCCUCUCCCUUUCAUCCUCGAGGUUGAUGCCAGCCAUAAUGGCCUAGGAGCGGUGCUGUCAAGAACAGGAUGGCAAGGUUCGACCAAUUGCCUACGCCAGCCGCAGUCUUAGCCCAUCAGAGAAGAACUACGGCUCCAUGAAGCUGGAGUUUCUGGGGAUGAAAUGGGCAAAGACGGAGAAAUUUCGUCAACGAAAAGAUCUCUGCAUGCCUGGCUGACAUCUCCAGAUGAAUGGCCUCCAACCACCUCAAGCUUGACCUGGACAAGACCGAUCUGCUGUUCAUCCCGGCCAAGCCCUCUCCUCUUCAAGAGCUCUCAGUUACUGUCGACGGCAC